GCUGCUUUAAUUGACAUACAUUGAAAAAGACAAAAGAACCAAUGGCUAGAUUGAUGCAUCCUAACCUAUUUGGUUUGUUCUGGAAUGCUUUGGUAAUGCAGAGAUCAUUUUAAUAAUUAAUAGUGCAAGAGCUCAGAUUUUCAGUGUUGGACAUUUGUACAAACUGUGCUAAACCCUUAUGGGGUUACUACAUCUGUAAACAGGAUAGCCAGAUCCAUAUUUUCCACAUGCUGACAACAUAGGAGUAGUUACCAACGUUCUUGUUUUAUUUUAUUUUAGUAAAAUAUCCCAUAAAACUAAAGUGAUUGAAGAGAGACACACUUUCCGUGCUGUCAAACAUUUCAGAUUCCCUUUGGAAAUGUUAAACAACCAGUCAAAAGACACUCCAUAUUCAAACUAGAGCUUACAAAAUAACUUCUCAAUUUGUACAGUAAUACCUCUUAAAAAAUGUGACAGAAUGCUUUCUGAGUGUAGUUGUUUGCGUCACAUGUUGACGUUAAUAUUGUAAGCAAGGAAAAUAAAAAGUUGCAGCUAAGAAUUUUUCAAGUUCACUGAACUAGAAAAGAAAAUGAACAUGAAAGAUCAGACAUCUGGACACAAACCUUGGCUCUGACUCAAGAGCAGCAGGAAGUUACAUUUCUCACAAAACAGUAAUAAAACAAAUUAAGCCAAGAGCACAUGCCAGUCCUGGAAAACAUACAGACAGAAAAGCACAGUCAAGCACCUAGUGGUACAAGUAUUAUAUACAAGUUUUAAUUGAAGAGGAGAUCUGGUACUCAUCAGCUUUCCUUAUCUUCACUCCUAAGUCUGGGAACAACCUGGAGCUCUGACACAAGUUACUUUAGAUUCUAUAAAAGGCACAGGAUUCCUUUGCUGCGAUCGCUUCUGCUGCAACAGUCUCCAAUCCAAAGAUGUGUUGGACUCUGUGGAUUGCACUGGGCUUGUUCCCCCUUGUCGAUGGACACCCCACGCUCAAAACUGACCAGAACUCAUUGGAGGCUGCAGACACAGCUCUUAAUCACCAGAACGGGACCUUGAACAGUGUCCUUCAUUUGGAUGAUAGGGAGAAAGCAGCUCUGGAGCCAACUUGGGUCGAUCCAGCUUUUCCAAUGAAGGAACUGAAUACAUCCCAUUAUCCUGCUACCCGGGCAGCGAAGGUGGCAGAGCACUAUCUGAAUUACCACCAUGGAAGCCCUUCUAAAUGGUUCAUGGUCCAUGCCAUUGAACGAGCCACCUCAGAGGAUAUUCCUGAAGUCGGAACCAAGUACCACAUACAAUUUUCAGUGCAAGAGCAAGCCACAAAAAAAAUUGUAGAAAACUGCAUUGCAGAAAUACUUUUCCGACAAACUGAAGGGCAAAGCACUCCAGAGGUUAAUUGCACAUGUGAUGAUCUCCUGAAGAUAAAGACAUCAGAUGCUGACCAUGCUUUAUACCAUCAUAUAAAACACCAGCCUCACCUGGUGACCGGCACAGACAUACCAGACAGUCAAGGAAAUAUCCCUAAAGAAAUGGAGCCCCUUUGGUAUCUUGGGGGAAUUGGAGCCAGCUUUAUAAUGUGGCAACAGUCCAAUGAAUCAACGCUUUACAAUAUGGCACACAUACACAAUGUAAAACAGCUGAACUCUGAGAAUGACCUGCUUGCCUUUGACUAUGUAGUCCUGCUUCAUGAGAUGGUAUCGCAGGAAAUUAUUCACUGGCACAUGCAGGUUGCUUGGAAUCCUACACAAGGAGUGACAGUUACACAGUGCCACUUACUGCCCAAAGACACAAUGAAGCAACCAUCGGCAGAAUAACACAAAAUCUAGUUCAGCCAGCAGUUCAAUCCUCCACCUGCUUACAGCAAGAAGCAACAUCAGCUGAAAUAGUCAUAUAACCCUACGUACAGGAGUUUCAAGUGUCACAUUUACUUCUUUCUAGUUAAUUGUAUCUCAGAGAAAAGAAUACAACGCUCUUCUGCUAUCCUUAGAUUUAGUCCAGUGUGUGCAAGUAAUCUGAACAGUGAUUAAAACUGGCAUUAAAGUUCUGUUAAAACGCA